UGCUUGUGUCUGACUUCCCCCGCAUGCGUGAGACUGCGAUCGACACCUCCCACCACAGUUUCUUUUCCACCAGCUUUUUCGUGCUCAUCUUCAAAGCCCGCUUGCUGUUCCAUAUCGAUCCUCCUGCAUUUCUUCCAAUAUAUGCGUCGAGCAAUUUUUUUGCUUGUAUACUGCCGAGGCUCAAGAUCAAUUUGCUUCGUAGCCACCUAGGGUCCAUUUACCUCACUCAGGUACGGGUCUAAGCUGGGACCAGGUCACGACAACAUGAGUUACCAGUCAUUUCUACGGGCAACUUCAAACUCCAACACAAAUUCCCCAUCUCCCAGCUCGAUUCAACGCAAGCCUACCACGGCAUCGAAUUCUGUUGCACCACCUCCUACAUCACCAUCUGCACACUCAGCCACGACUCAUCAUGCGACACCCAGCACGGGCUCAAAUGCACCCCAUACACCUGUGUCGUCCAUCCAUUCUCCUUAUCCCACCUCUAAGCCUUCGACUCGACCCGAAACCACUCCUGCGCCGACCCUAACGCCGUUGACGAGAGCUCAAAUUGACGCCGCCAUGAAGACAUGUCUGGAUUUGCAAAUUACCGCCACAACAUACCACGAAAAAAGGCCCUUUGCCGCGCUUUUACUGGGUCCAGACAAUGUGACUGUGUUGUUGACGCACUUCUCAAUCUCACAUGUUCAGCACGCCGAGACCGAACUUGCUCGAUUAGCUUCGAUACACUUCUCGCAGAAAUAUCUGGCUACAUGCACACUAGUAUCAACGUGGGAACCUUGCGCAAUGUGUACAGGAACUUUAUAUUGGAGUAAUAUUGGCCGCCUUGUUUAUGCUGCCAGCGAAGACAAGCUGAAUGACCUCACUGGUGGACACAAUGAUGAAAACAUGACAAUGUCACUGCCAUGUCGGGAUGUGCUUAGCGCAGGUCAGAAGGCCGUGGAAGUUAUCGGACCUGUCAACGGCUGGGAGCAAAAGAUCAUUGAGGAGAGUGGAAAAUGGUGGAGAGAACACACGUCCGAGGGGCCCGAGAAACAAUUGAGAGACGGGAGCAUCAAUGGAAGCGAAAGACCUGGAAGCCUUUCGAGUGUGCGUCAAGGCACACCGACCACCUGGACUGGCGAAGAGACGGUCCUUAGCAGCAUCAAUGACGAAGGAGAGUACAAAGCCGAUCUGGAUAUCGACUGGAUGAGGUAGACCGAUCACGGGCCCUAUGGGCUGCAGUAAA